AUGCUGGCCGCCCGUACUUUCGCUGCGCCUCUCCGGCAGCAGGCCAUGCGCGCCGCUCCCCGCGCCGCCGCCGUCUCUCAGUUCCAGAACUCUAGAUUCUACUCGAGCGAGCGUGUCGCCAAGUUCCACGGUGUCAAGGACUCCAACGGCAACUACCCCGUCUCCCUGAUCGAGGGUGACGGUAUCGGUCCCGAGAUCUCCCAGGCUGUCAAGGACAUCUUUGCCGCGGCCAAGGCCCCCGUUACCUGGGAGCCCGUCGAUGUCACCCCCAUCCUCAAGGACGGCAAGACCGCCAUCCCCGAUGCCGCCAUUGAGAGCAUCAAGCGCAACAAGGUCGCCCUCAAGGGACCCCUCGCCACCCCCAUUGGCAAGGGCCACGUCUCCCUCAACCUGACUCUCCGCCGCACCUUCAAUCUGUUCGCCAACCUCCGUCCCUGCCGAUCCGUCGCUGGCUACAAGACCCCCUACGACAACGUCGACACCGUCCUCAUCCGUGAGAACACCGAGGGUGAAUACUCUGGCAUUGAGCACGUCGUCGUCGACGGCGUCGUCCAGUCCAUCAAGCUCAUCACCCGCGAGGCUUCCGAGCGCGUCCUCCGCUUCGCCUUCCAGCAGGCUCAGGAGAUUGGCCGCAAGAAGGUCCGCGUCGUCCACAAGGCCACUAUUAUGAAGAUGUCCGACGGUCUUUUCCUCAAGACUGCCCGCGACGUCGCCAAGGACUUCCCCGAGAUCGAGUUCGACGCCGAGCUCCUCGACAACACCUGCCUGAAGAUGGUCACCGACCCCCUCCCCUACAACGACAAGGUCCUCGUCAUGCCCAACCUGUACGGUGACAUUCUCUCCGACAUGUGCGCCGGUCUCAUUGGCGGUCUUGGCCUCACCCCCUCUGGCAACAUUGGUGACGAGUGCUCCAUCUUCGAGGCCGUCCACGGCUCCGCCCCCGACAUUGCCGGCAAGGGCCUGGCCAACCCCACCGCUCUGCUCCUCAGCUCCAUGAUGAUGCUGAGACACAUGAGCCUCGGCGAGUACGCCGACAGAAUCGAGAAGGCCGCUUUUGAUACCCUCGCGGAAGGAAAGGCCCUCACCGGCGACUUGGGCGGCAAGGCCAAGACUGGCGAGUUUGCCGGCGCCAUCAUUUCCAAGUUGUAG